CUUUUUCGAUCCCCACAGUUUGGGCUGCAACGUGCUUCACAAAUGCCGAACAUUUCUCCACAAUCAUUGCUCGCUACUACCGAAGCGAGCGACUCUCCCGAUUGUGCGUCAAACUGCCAAACUAAUUUUAAAAUAGACACCGAGGAGGACGACCUUCUCUUCGUCACGCAUCUGAGGAAUUAAUCCCAGAAAUUUCCCCAACUAAGCCCUUUUUUUGGCCAAAGCAGUAUCAGGAUUAAUUAAGCGCCAUCCGGUGGCAUCUUGGUGUCAAGGAAGUACGGUAAGUUGAAAGCGUCCACCUUUCACGAUGGAGCAAGCUCAGUCGGAGACGAACAUCUUAUCCAACGGGAAAAGCCACAACCUCGGAGACGACGUGGAUGUGCCAAUGAAGACGUUGCUGGAGGAGGAUCAAAAUGGCACUCAAACAGUCAGAUUUGACGACCCCGAUGGAGGUAUGGAGAAUGAGGAAUUUUUGCCCAGUGCAGAUGGAAAGAAACCAGUUCGAUUCACAGACUUUGAAGGGAAAACUUCCUUUGGUAUGUCUGUCUUCAACCUGGGUAAUGCCAUUAUGGGAAGUGGAAUCCUGGGACUGGCUUAUGCCAUGGCCAACACAGGCAUGCUCCUCUUCUUGUUUCUUCUGACUGCAGUGGCUGCCUUGUCAUCUUAUUCCAUUCAUCUGCUGCUCAAAUCGUCCGGCAUUGUAGGAAUUCGGGCUUACGAACAGCUGGGCUUCAGGGCCUUUGGCACUCCGGGAAAAAUGGCGGCCGGCAUUGCAAUCACUCUGCAGAACAUUGGAGCCAUGUCCAGCUACCUAUACAUUGUGAAAUCUGAGUUACCUCUGGUCAUCCAAGCGUUCUUGAAGGCUGACCCUAACGCAGAUCUUUGGUACUUGAAUGGCAACUACUUGGUCAUCAUGGUCUCUGCCAGUGUCAUCCUGCCCCUGGCACUGAUGAAGCAGCUGGGUUACCUUGGCUAUACCAGCGGAUUUUCUCUGAGCUGCAUGGUCUUCUUCCUCACUGCGGUCAUCUACAAGAAAUUCCAAAUUCCGUGCCCCUUCGAGGAGUUCAACUCGCUCAACAACACCGGGGCCCACCACAGCCUGAAUGCGUCCAACCACAUUGACGAUCACCUUCUGUCUCACGAAGAGAACGACACCCUCUGCACGCCACGUAUGUUCACCAUAAACUCACAGACGGCCUACACCAUCCCCAUCUUGGCUUUUGCUUUCGUUUGCCACCCGGAGGUCCUCCCCAUUUACACUGAACUCCGCAAUCCCACCAAGAAGAAGAUGCAAAAGGUGUCCAACAUCUCUAUCUUUGUCAUGUACACCAUGUACUUUCUGGCAGCACUCUUUGGCUACCUGACCUUCUAUGGCAACGUGGAGCCAGAAUUGCUUCACACUUACAGCCGAAUUGAUCCUUAUGACACGUUGAUCCUGUGUGUGCGAUUGGCCGUCCUCACCGCCGUCACACUCACAGUCCCCAUUGUGCUAUUCCCCGUGCGCCGAGCCAUUCAGCACAUGUUGUUCCCCACCAAGGCUUUCAGCUGGCUGCGGCACGUCGCCAUCGCUCUGGUUCUGCUCACGUUUAUCAACAUGUUGGUCAUUUUCGCUCCCAACAUUCUGGGCAUCUUCGGAAUCAUUGGUGCCACGUCUGCUCCCUGCCUUAUUUUCAUCUUCCCUGCUGUCUUCUACAUCCGCAUUGUUCCACAAGAAAGCGAACCUAUGAACUCUGUUCCCAAGAUUCUGGCUGCCUGCUUUGCCGCCUUGGGUGUCUCCUUCAUGAUAAUGAGCCUGAGCUUCAUAAUAAUCGACUGGACGUCGGGGAGCAGCCAUGCCGGCGGGGGCCACUAGAGCCUGCACAAGUGUGUUCGGGCUGAGGAGCGACGACAGUUAAGAGCUCGCACAUAAAAACGUUAAGCAAAAUAUCACACUUGUAUUGAUAGAGGUGAAAUAACAUUUUACUUCGAUGUUAUACACAUACACGCGCUGACCAGCUGAUUAGGUACACCUAAUAAUGCUCAUAAAUCAGAGGCAUCCAUAAUUUUAUGAUAUUAUGCGUCACUGUGGUGGAAAACUGCACUGCAUCACGCUAAAGAACCUUUAACCAAAAUAGUAGGAACUCAUCCCACUGGGAUGCAGUGCCGUUAACUACACACAAAAAAACUAUUAUAAACAUAUGUUAUGUCUCGCUACAGAUGUAAUUUGAUUGUGUCCAGUGAGUGUACCAGAGCAAAAUAAUGUUCUUUUAUUUCAUGAAUUAACAAAUGCAACGAUGAGCUUUGAGCUGAUCCAGCCAAGUUAGCCACAAACAACGACAGCUGGUACUGUAAAAACACAUAGUUUGCAUCGCAUACAUUUACAAAGUGUCGAAAACAAAAUGGCUAAUAAGUUAUUUUCACGAGCACAAGUAGAGGAAAGACAUUCAAACAGGAGUGUGUAUUUAUAUAACUGCUAUGUUGUUGUUGUUUUGUAUUAUUCAUACUAUAUUUAACUACUAUUGGAGUUAAUUGCGAUGAUACAUCAUGUAUAAUUUGGUUUUGAUUAACUUUAACUUAAUGUAGAUGAUAUCAAACUGACAAUUGCUUAUAAAAUCUUGAACAACUACACACCUCUCUUUGUACAACUAUGAUUAAACACACCUGUGACCUUAUAUAUACAGUUAUGGACACGAUUAUACAUACCCUAGUCAAAUUUUGAGUUUGAAGUGAGCUUUAAAUAUGUUGAAUAACUCUCUUUUGAGUGAAAAUAACACAAAGUGCCAAAAACAGUAAGAUACUGUAUUAGUCUCACUGUUUUUUUUUUUUUUUUUGACAUUUUAACAAAAAAAUGAAAAGCAUUCACACUCUCAUUCAUACCUAUAGCCUUACAAUGAACCUAAGCUGUUUUCUACAGAGUAAUGUCCCAAUGGAGAUUCAAGCUUUAAUUUCCUGACUGUGAACUAGAAGUGCUCAACACUAACCCACCGUGCUUCGACAGGCGUACCAAUGUACCAAAUUCAUAGUUGGCGUUGAACGACUCGAAAUUUGACGAGGGUAUGAAUCAUGUUGGUUGUAACUGCGAAUCAAAUAUAGCACUAACCUCCAAAAUAAUCAUUAUGGUCUUCAAGAAGUGAGAAAUAACUCUUAAGAGACAUUUUUAAAGGGAAUGAGUGAAUGACAAACAUCUAUCGAGUGUGAGCGCGUCUGCUGAUGUACAGUAGUUAAUGUUGACUUGCGUUGAUGCUUUGGUUUCAGACACAUUUUAAGAUAAAAAGUCCAAAUGUAAUAAAACCUCCCUACAAGGCAGAGCAAGAUAAAUAUUAACCCGCUGGUGGGAUUGAUAGUUAAUUUGGCAUAACAAUAAAAAGCUCUUGUGAGUAUUUUAGUAUUCUGUUCUGGUUGAUUGUUUAUUGAAGUGACAUUUUGUGCAGAGUAUGUUACAGUAUGUUUUACCUGAUGUUGAUAAGCCCCUAUUCAUUUGAAGCUUAAUUCAUUUAGGGUUAUGGAUCAUGGUAUUAUUGUGGUGAUUGUUUUUUUUCAAGACACACAACAUACAUAUAUUGUACUGGUAUGUACUCUUUGUGCUUAUUGAACAGUUUUCAAUUUGAUCAGUAGAAAUAUACUUUAUACAAUAUAGUUUCUAGCGUAAAAGCAUAAAACAAAUUAAUUUAGAUAUCUUUUUUUUUUAAAGAGCUAUAAUUAUCACAAAUAAUGUGCUGGUUUUGCCCAAAGAGGAUUUUAUAUUCUAACAACAGAUGCCACAGUUUAUUUAUAUAUAACUAUUAUUUGUAGCUGUAACUGUGCUAUUUUCACAGAUAUAUUGUGAAAAACUCAAGGAAAUCAUUGUCUGUCCCUUACAAUGUAUUUGCAGUGUUUGAGCUUUGUCCUGUGUUGUGCAAGAGAGUUCUUUUUUUGAAAGGAUUAUGCCAAAAUGACAACAUACUACCUACUGUUUGAAAAAAAGAAAAGGCCUUUAACUUUUGCACACACAAAUGCAAGGUCAGUGAAUAGAAUACAUCAAGCAUGCAAUUCUUGUUACUAAAUAUAUUAUUGUAGCUGGGGUUACAAUGUACUCAAAUCUGGAUAUGACACAAAGUUUAUGAAUGGCUUUUCGGGAAUGAAACUUGGCUUUAUUUUGAUGAUGUGUAUAAAUGUAAACAUUUUAUAUUUGUACGGCAUACUGUAUUUGCCAUAGUAAAAUGUAAAGUGUAAAUAGCAGGAAGCAUUUUAGUUUGACAAUAAAAUAAUUGUUCA